UUUGCACUCUUCAAAAUGGCGGGUCACGUUUCUGUAAAAGUUCAUCCAGUUGUUUUAUUUAGUAUUGUAGACUCAUACGAGAGGCGUAACGAAGAUGCGAGACGUGUAAUUGGGACUCUACUAGGUACAGCUGAUCGGGGCCAAGUUGAAGUAACAAAUUGUUUCACAGUACCACAUAAUGAAUCAGAAGAUGAGGUGGCAGUUGAUAUUGAGUUUGCCAGAAACAUGUAUGAGUUACACAAGAAAGUCAAUCCUGCGGAGGUCAUUGUAGGAUGGUAUUCCACAGGGCCUGGACCAGAUGUGACGGAACACUCAGUGCUGAUACAUGAGUACUAUGCCAGAGAGGCCAAGAACCCUGUACAUCUCACUGUAGAUACCUCACUGAAAGGCUCCAAAAUGGGCACCAAGGCAUAUGUUAGCACACCACUAGGUGUCCCGGGCAAAACUGUAGGUACCAUGUUCACCCCAGUACCACUAGACAUUACAAGCUAUGAGCCAGAGAGGAUAGGAGUGGACUUUCUACAGAAGAGCAAAUACAACCCUAAGCGUACUAUAAGCAUGGUGUCUGACCUCUUGCAAGUUGAGACAGCAUGUGAGCGGCUUGAGGAGAAACUAGCAAAUGUUUUACAAUACGUAGAUGAUGUACUGGCAGGAAAAAUAACCGCAGAUAACCAGAUAGGAAGAACAUUACUUGACCUUGUUAACAGCGUACCUAAAAUUGACCCUGAAGAAUUCGAAGAAAUGCUGAACUCAAAUAUGAAGGAUCUACUGAUGGUGGUUUACCUGUCAAAUCUUACACGCACACAACUGGCUCUUAGUGAAAAACUGACAACUUUAGCGCAAUAACAAACGGAUAGUUUAAUCAAGGAGUCAGAUCUCAGUUGACAUACAAUAUUAAAAACACUACCAUGAAAUAUAAUAGAUAUUCAUUAGACAUUACCAUUAAAUAGAUAUUUUCUGGACUUCAUGAAAUUGUUGAUGAUAAAACUACAAGGGGGUUCAACAUGGAGGGCUUAGUGUACCUAGUCAGCUGGGUACAUUGUAAACAGGCUUCAAAACUUAGCUGCCUGACUGACUGCCAAUGGCAACCAUUUUUCACUCUUGGCAAUGGACUGACUGAUUGCCUAUUGGGCAAUGAACUGAAUGCCAAUAUGUUAAAUUGGGCGAUCAUGUUUUCCACCUUAGUCGUGAUGGUAACUUUCCAAUUCUUAAGUUGGUGACAACUACAGCCCACACUGAAUGGUAUACUACACAAGACACCAUUGGUAUACUACACUAGAUACCACUGGUAUACUACACU